UUUCUUCUCCCAGUUUUGCAAUAUAUAGUUAAUAGUUCUCUUUCACUUUCAUUUCCAGACGAUGAAGUGUCUUUUCUGGUGCAUUCAUGACUCCAGCUUGUGUCUUUCACCUCCCUCUCAGUUUUACACCAGAAAUGGUGGAUGAUUCUUGAACUGAUAGUCAUCUCUCUGAUGCUGCUCUUGUCAGGAUUGAGUUCCGCCCCCCUAGUUGAAUAGAAACCGAAAUCAUGGACCACAAGUCUUGGCUAUGGAGGAAAAAAUCUUUAGACAAGACAAUUGUUUCAGCUGAAAGAGUUGCUGUUCCCUUGAGGAGAACUGAAAAAGAGAUAUGUAUACUUCCAACACCACAUGAAGGAGGGCCAGAAAGACCUGUGAAAAAUCUCAACGAGAAGUUAGCUUCAGUCCUCCUUGAUUGUCAUGCCAAAGACAACCUUGUGACAAAACAUGCAAAAGGGGCUCAAGAAGCUGAAACAGGGUGGGAGAAAGAAGCAGCAGUAUGCCAAAAACAAGAACCGGAUGAAGCUUUGAUGCAGGGAACAACUGCAAAUGAACAAGUGGCUUGCUCAAAUGCUGCAUUGAAGGAAUGUAUUCAGCAAUUAUGCACUGUUCGUGAAGAACAGGAGCAGAGGAUACGUGAUGCCACCAUGAAAACAUCAAGAGAAUACGAGAAAGCCCAGAAGAAAUUGGUGGAUGAGUUGGAGGAGACAAGCAAACAGCUCGCGAAAUUGGCUAUUGAGAAUGCCCAUCUGAGUAAGGCCUUGAUAGCCACAGAGAAAGUUGUCGAAGAUUUACAAAAACACAAGUCUCGGGCAGAUGCAGAAUUCAAUGUCCUUAUGGUUAGAUUAGAUUCUGUAGAAAAGGAAAACACUUAUGUAAAGUAUGAGUUUCACAUACUUGAGAAGGAGCUUGAGAUUCGAAAUGAGGAGAUUGAAUAUCGUCGUCGAUCAGCUGAUGCAGCACACAACCAAAAUUUGGAAAGUACAAAGAAAAUUGUUGAAUUGGAAGCAGAGUGUCAACGACUCCGUCUCCUCACGCAAAAGCGGCUGCCAGGUCCUGCUGCUUUGGCAAAUGUGAAGAGUGAAGCUGAUAUGUUGGGAAGGGAUCGCAAAGAUAUUAGAAGAAAAAAGCAUAGUCCUACAAGAGAUCUGGUUGACCGACUCCGAGAAGCCACCACCGGUCCUGAAAUUCCCAGUAAGAAGAUGAAUUUCCUGAUCGAAAAAGUACGUGAUGUGGAAGAAGAAAACAAGGCUCUUAAAGAAAUUAUAACCAAGAAGAACUCUGAACUUUAUUCUUCAAGGAUCAUGUAUGCUCAUACAGCUUCCAAAUUAUCGCAGAUGGAGGCUCAUGCUAGAGAGCUUUCUAAAGAUCAUAAAUCCAUGGAGCCAUUGAGGUGUAGUCCCAUGUCAAAUGAACUUUCUCUACUGUCAGAGUCUGAAAUCGGCAGUGAUGAUGGUGUUAGUUCUUCUGGAUCUUGGGCUAAUGCACUACUUUUAGGAUUGGAGCAUUUCCGAAAUGUGAAACUCAAAGAUCCAACGGUACACAAAGCAAUCGAAGCUUCAGACAUGUGUUUAAUGGAUGAUUUUGCCACGAUGGAGAAACUUGCGAUAGUUUCUGUGGUUACACCUGGAAAUGCGUCUCUCCCCAAUUUGGCUGGUAAGGAUCCAGGUCCAGUUUCAACUCAUUCUGGUUUCAGUGACAGAAAACAAGAGAUGCAAUCAAAAAACAUGCCUACUGAAAAAACUUUUGACUGGCUUCAAAUUGUUUUAAAAGCAAUGCUGGAGCAAAAGCGUAUUUCGAAAAGAAGCCUUUAUGAACUUUUUGAGGACAUCAAGAUUGCUUUGGGUUAUAUAAACCAUCCAACAGCACAUGAAGCUGAUGCAACUGCAACCUCAGGGCAUUCUGGAGAGUCUACCCCUCUCCACGUUAGAGGUAAUAUAACCCCAAAAUCUCCCAAGACAUCCCCACUUGUAGAUUCUUUGAACAUAGUUUCGACAAUUGACACCCUAGUGGAAGAAGAGGGAAAACAACUUAACCUAUCUAAUCUGAGUAAGUCGAUCCAUCAAAUCAUCAAGCUGGUUGAAGGGAUCAAACUGAUGUCGUAUGUCAGCAGUAAUACUCCAGAAGAGUCUAAGGGGGAUCAAAUUCAAAAUCCCAAACCAUUUCAUUCAGCAACAUCGGCAGACUACUUUGUCCACGUUUUCCAGUGGAAAAGUUCGGAGCUAAGUGCUGUUCUACAACAAUUCAUUUGUACUUGUACUGAUCUCUUAAAUGGAAAAGCAGAUCUUGAAAAAUUUGCCACGGAAGUGAUGUUUGCUUUAGAAUGGAUUAUUAACAACCAUGUGACCCCUAAAGAUGCUUUAAGCUUAAGAAAUAAGAUCAAGAAGCAUUUUGGUUGGAUGGAAUCCGGAACUGAAAAUCAACAUGGAGUUCAGACAUCCAAAGAGUCAUCGUGUUUGCCAUUGAUUGCUUCUUCACAUGACCAAGAUGUUUUGCUCCAAAUGGAGGACAUUCAGUGUAAACUGCAAGAAGAAAACAGUACAUUAAAGGAGGAAUUGAAGAAGAAGGAAGCCUUAAAGAAAGACAUGGAAGCAAGGUUACAAUCAGCAAUUGAUAUGAGUGAGGCCUUGAUGAUACAACUUGGAGACUCGGAGAAAAGCCUUGGAAACUUACAAGCAGAAGUGGAAACUUUAAAGCAAUCAAAGGGGGUGAUUGAAGAUCAGAUUGAAAAUCAAAAGUUGAUAAACGAAGAUCUUGAUACUCAACUUACUGUUGCCAAAGCUAAAGUGAAUGAAGUUUUCCAGAAGUUCUCAUCUUUGGAAGUUGAAUUAGAGGAUAAAAGUAACUGCUGUGAAGAAUUAGAGGCAACAUGUCUUGAGCUUCAACUUCAGCUAGAAAGUGUUGCAAAGGAAACUCCGAAGUACAGCAUGAAUCAAGAGGGAAAGCAAUCCCAAAAUGGUUGGGAGAUCACAACAGCUUCCCUAAAGUUGGCAGAGUGCCAAGAAACCAUCCUACACCUGGGAAAACAGCUGAAGGCUCUUGCUUCACCUAGGGAAGCGGCACUGUUUGACAAGGUUUUCUGCAACACCAGCACUGCAGUUUCUGCCAUUGAUAAUAAGAAAUUGAGCAAGCGUGCUUCCCUCCGUGAUCGAAUGCUAGCUGAGGAUGAUGCUAAGGCAGAGAUCCUUAAGUCUCCAAAAGCUAAAGAAACUACAAGCAGCACUGCAGACGCAGAGAAACAACUUGUUCUCCACUCUAGUAGCUAUAAUGCUUCAUGUGCUCCAAACGCCCUGGUACAUGCUCCGGGAGCAUGUUUCGGUUCGAGCCAUGAAGGAGAUAAAAGUCCCGCUGGUUCUCUAACUAUUGUCCCAAAUAAAAAACAGGGAGGAUUCGGUUUGCUAAGGAAACUUCUGCUGAGAAGGAAGAAAGGAAACAUCAAGAAAUCCAGAUCUGUUGUAGACGAAGAACUAAGGCUGAAAAGCAAUUAAACGCAAUGUUCACCGUUACUGUUUAUUAUUAAUUGUAUUUGAACUGUUCGACCUUUUCGAAUGAAGAGAAUGGAAGUUUGGGCUUCU